AUGCCAUCUUCUGGUGCUGAUCCUAUUCUUUUAUCACUAUUUGCCAACCGCUUUAUGGCCGUUGCAGAAUCCAUGGGCCGCUCCCUGCAACAGACUUCCAUUUCUACCAAUAUCAAGGAACGUCUUGACUUUUCUUGCGCUAUAUUUGCCGCUGAUGGUUCCCUCAUUGCUAAUGCACCGCACUUACCUGUGCACCUUGGGAGCAUGAGCUUCGCCGUGCAGUAUCAGGCGGAACAUUUGCAUGAGCUGGGUCAAGGCUCCUUCAAGCGCGGCGACGUCGUGCUGGCGAACCACCCUGCUGCAGGCGGUAGUCACCUACCUGAUAUCACCUGCAUCACACCUGUAUUUGCACCUGAUCGCGAUGAAAUAGUCUUCUUCACUGCAAGCCGUGGGCACCAUGCAGACAUUGGCGGAAUCCUUCCCGGCUCCAUGCCGCCCACCAGCAAAACUCUCUUCCAGGAAGGCGCACAGAUCCGCUCAUUCAAAAUCGUCUCAGAAGGCGUGUAUGACCAGAAGGGGCUCAUGCAUCUUCUCCUCACAGAACCUGCCAAGUACCCGGGAUGUUCAGGUACACGGUGCUUCCGUGACGUCGAGAGCGACUUGAAGGCGCAGAUCGCUGCCAACCAUAAAGGCAUUCAGCUUCUCAAUGACCUUGUCGAUGAAUGGGGGCUCGAGACAGUGCAGUCAUACAUGAUGCACAUUCGCGACAAUGCUGAAUUUUCCGUGCGCAACCUGCUUCGUCGUGUGGCGAACACGCAAAAAUCCACCGACCUGCACGCUAUCGAUUACAUGGACGACGGAUCGCCGAUUGAAUUGCAUAUUACGAUCAACCCGUCGUCCGGCUCUGCCAUUUUUGACUUUGAAGGCACUGGGCCUGAAGUGAAUGCAAACCACAAUUGCCCCAAAUCGGUCGUUUAUAGCGCAAUCAUCUAUGCAUUGCGGUGCAUGGUAUCUGAAGACAUUCCACUCAACCAGGGAUGUCUUGCGCCCAUCGACGUCCGCAUCCCCGAAGGAUCUAUGCUCAGUCCUUCGGACACUGCAGCUGUCGUUGGCGGAAAUGUGCUAACAAGUCAACGGAUCACAGACGUCGUGUUUCGUGCCUUCGAAGCCGUUGCUGCUAGUCAAGGCGAUUGCAACAAUCUGACAUUCGGCACCGGUGGAAAUGACGAGACUGGUCGCUUAAUCGAGGGAUUCGGAUACUACGAGACGAUUGCUGGUGGCUCAGGCGCUGGGCCGUCAUGGCAUGGCACAAGCGGCGUGCACACCCAUAUGACGAACACACGUAUUACCGACCCUGAGAUCUUCGAGCGCCGCUAUCCUGUAUAUCUUCGCCAGUUCGGUAUUCGCGAGGGCUCUGGUGGUGCUGGCCACUUCCGCGGCGGCAACGGCGUCAUUCGUGACAUUGAGUUUCUGGAACCAAGCAUACAAGUUAGCAUCUUGUCUGAACGCCGUGUAUAUCAGCCAUACGGCUUGUGCGGUGGUGAGCCAGCUGCAUCUGGUCUCAACCUCUGGAUCAAGCAGCGGCGUGAAGAAGAUGGUGAUUUGGUCAAGCCUAACGACGAAGGAUUUGUGUCUCCCCGUGUCAUUAAUUUGGGAGGCAAGUCCACAGCCAUAUUUGGCCUGCACGAUCGCAUCAUUGUACAUACACCAGGCGGUGGUGGCUAUGGCACACCAAGCAAUGAAUCUCCGCCUACUGCCAGUGCCCCAUCUCGUCCCAAUCGCUUGCAUCAGCGUGGCAGUGUCGCUGAUUGGCAAGCCCGUCAGCUUGGUGCAUAA